UCUUCACUUCACUAUUCCUUUCGCCUCCUCAUCCAAAUCUCCUCUCCCCCGGUUAAGACCAGCUCAUCUUCCAUGUGAGCUUUCAUUCAAAAAACUUCUAUAAUUCUAUCAAACAUUAACCUUUUUUAUUCUCUUAUGUCUCGUUAUUUUCCUCUUUUUAUUCAAAAUCCAAAAAUUUACUUUUAUUUCUAUAUGCCAUCAAGAACAAUUCUCACCUCAAGUUAUUUUUUUGAAAAUACAUAGUGUUAUAAUUUUUUUAUUAGUUCUUCUCUUGAAUCAAGAGCCCACCUCAAAAUUAUUACUCUGAAUUUCAACUGUAUUAUAUUUUUUUUUAAAAAAAGAAUCUUAUAACUCAUUUUCUUCGAUCAAGAAGUUACCUUGUUGUCUUUGUUCUCUGUACAUCUUCUAGAAAACAAGAACUGCUUCAAUUACUCUAAAUUUCAAGAAAAGCACUCUUCAGCUUCCAUUGAUAGUCCAAGAUCAAACCCACAUUUCUUUUUCUUCUUUUUUAUCCUGAAAGUUCUUCAAGAGCUGACAUUUAAUGGCGGGAGUAGUAGAAUGCGUAUUGGCUGUAGGCUGUUUGCGAUGGGCAUGGAAGCGAUGCACCUAUGUCGGUUCCGAUGACAGUGCUUCAUGGCCAUUAGCCACACCAGAAGAAUUCGAACCAGUCCCUCGCAUCUGCAACGUAAUUCUCUCUGUCUAUGAAACUGACACCCAAAAGCCCCAGUUUUCAUCUCCUUUAGACCCCAAGGGUAUAAUAAAGCGAGUCACCUAUGAGCAAACCGAUGGCCGAGCUCCUCCUUACCUAAUCUAUGUCGACCAUGAACAUAAAGAAAUCAUUCUUGCAAUUCGUGGGCUUAAUUUAAUCAAAGAAAGUGAUUAUAAAGUUUUGUUAGAUAAUAGAUUAGGUAUGCAAAUGUUUGAUGGGGGUUAUGUGCAUCAUGGAUUGUUGAAAUCUGCUAUUUGGAUACUGGAUCAAGAAGAAAAGACUUUAAAGGAGCUAUGGGAGAGUAAUGGAAGAGAAUAUACUCUUGUUUUUGCUGGGCAUUCUUUGGGUUCAGGAGUGGCUGCUUUGAUGACUAUUAUUGUUGUUAAUCAUAACAAACAUUUCGGAGGAAUCCCAAGAAAGCAAAUUAAGUGUUAUGCAGUUGCUCCGGCUAGGUGUAUGUCACUUAACUUGGCUGUUAAGUAUGCUGAUGUGAUUAACUCUAUUAUUUUGCAGGAUGAUUUCUUACCAAGAACGGCCACACCAUUGGAGGAUAUUUUUGGGUCAAUCUUCUGUUUGCCCUGCUUGUUAUUUUUGAUCUGCCUGAGGGAUACCUUCAUACCAGAAGGAAGAAAGCUUAGAGAUCCAAGAAGGCUUUAUGCACCUGGACGAAUGUAUCAUAUUGUAGAGAGGAAAUUUUGCAGAUGUGGGAGGUUUCCUCCAGAGGUCAGAACUGCCAUUCCUGUUGACGGAAGAUUUGAACAUAUUGUUUUAUCAUCUAGUGCCACAUCAGAUCAUGCUAUUGUUUGGAUAAAAAAGGAGUCAGAGAAGGCCUUGCAGAUAUUGAUGGAAAAAGAUUCCGAGACCAUUACAACUCCACCAAAAGUAAAGAAAUUAGAGAGGCUACAGACACUUGAAAAAGAACACCAUGAUGCACUAGAAAGGGCUGUCAGUUUGAAUAUACCGCAUGCUGUGAGCACUCCAGAGGCAAAACCCCAAGAAGAUGAAGAGGCAGGGUCUUCGCAUUGUCACAGUGAAAGUGGGCAUGACUUAAAAUCUAAAUCAGAGUCUACUAGAGCAAGAACAAAGUGGAAUGAACUGGUUAAUCAACUUCUGAACGAGUCCAAAGCCAUUACAACUCCUCCAGAAGUACAAAGACUGGAGAGGUUACCAAGUGAAGAAAAAAAUAAAGUUGCAUUAGAAGGAGCUGGUGGGUUGCACAAAUCCCAUGUUAACACCCCACAGGCAGAAUCCCCAGAGAGCAAAGAGGCAGUGGUGUCUCCAGAGAGUGAGGGUGCAGGCAGACAUGCCUCCGGAACUAAAUCACAGUCGAGUUUUGCAACAACAAACUGUGAACAGGUUGAAGUUAUAAACAAGAAUGAGUCAGGUGAGCAGGCUGCAAUCAAAGAUGCAAAUGUCCCUAAAUAACAGGUUUCUUUUGAUUAUUGCGAGUGAAUGUACAUAUCGAAAUAUAGGUCUUUUGUGCUUUGUUCGUUCUUACCUCAUUCUUUCGUGCAUGUAUAACUUGCAAGAUUGCAUGUAAACCUCAAGUUUGGUUAGGGAAAUUAUGGAUACGAAAAAAGUGAGCCAUUGAUUUUGAAGGUCGUUGCAGUCUUCAGCUAUGUUGUAGAAUCUACUGGUUGUGUUCAUGUUCUUUGCGUUCAUAAAUUUAUGAAUUCUUGUUUGUAUUGCAAAAUAAAA